GAAAAGGAAAGAAUAUUGACGUCCCAGCCGUUUCUUCCUGACGCUUGCCGCUUAGGGUCACACGGAGAGGUCGCAAGGCGGGAUGCCGAGACCAUCAUGGGUCCUGCCCGCCACCCUUGGCGUGACCUCUCUGAUCGUGGCGUUACUCGUCACCAGAAGCAGGGCCGAUGGCGAAGUGCUGAAGCAGCGCCCGCUGCUGCUGCAAGUGCUCCGUGAGCUCUCGCGCAGGUUCUUCUUGGUGUGCCAAGACGUGGCUGCCAUCGCCAACACGGUCAGGGCGAAGAUGGAGGCGAGCCAGAUGUCCAUUGCGGAGCAGACGCUCCAGGAGCAGCUUCUGAAGCAAUGCCAGGUCUUUGAGAAGCUGCAACAGAUCCAGAAAGAGGUGGCGUCCAGCAACGGCUUGACGGAGGAAGAGUUGGAGAGGAUGCAGGAGCAGGAUCAGGACCCAGAAGUCCAGUCCUACGCCGAAGGCUUCCGUGCCAUGCUGGAGGAGGCUUUGCAGGGCCUCAGCCCCGUGCUCCCCAACGUCAAAAUACCUGAAGCGCUGACGCACGACACGGCGCUCGCCUGGCAAAUGGAAGCGCAGGAUCUGGAAGCUGCGGAGGCGCUGGGCCGUGUGACCAAACCCCGGGUGGCCUUGCGCGAGCUGGGCGAGGCCCUCACGGCCGCCAACAAGGCGGCCUGGGCAGCGGUGCUGAAGGGCCAUGCUGACCUGCUCGAGGGCAACGGCGCCGAGGUGUACCACAGCGCCAUGGCCAUCUAUGGCCGUGACCCUGCCUUCGCGCAGCGGAAGUUGAAGUUGGAGCAGGAGCACCAGGAGCGGAUGAUCAAGCUCUUCCAGCCAGAUGGCACUGGCCAUGUGACUGUGAAGAGAUGAGAAUUCCUGCCUGCAGUGAGCCAAGAGCAGAGAGCUGUGACA